AAUCCCUCAUCCCGCAACCUUGUUUCCUGGAACAUGAUGAUGACUGGCCACGUCAAACAUUAUCAAAUUGAACAUGCACACAAGCUGUUUGAUCAAAUGCCCCUUAAAGAUACAGUUUCCUGGAAUGUCAUGCUCUCUGGUUUUAGUAGAAUUACGGACUCUGAUGGGUUGUACCGCCAUUUCUUGCAAAUGGGAAGAUCAUGUGUUGCCCCGGAUGACUAUACCAUCUCCACAUUGCUCAGAGCAGUUAUAAGUACUAAGUUGGAUGUUUUGGUCCCCCAGGUGCAUGCUCUAGCGCUUCAUUUGGCACUUAACUUGAGUGUGUUUGUUGGUUCUUCGUUGAUCAGAGCUUAUGCGAAUUUAAGAGAGGUAGAGGCUUUUAAGCGCGUGUUUGAUGAUAUAUUGGUGAAAGAUGUCACAUCUUGGAAUGCUUUAGUUUCUGGUUAUAUGGAAGUGGGAAGCAUGGAUGAUGCACAAACAAAUUUUGAUGUGAUGCCCCAAAGGAACAUAAUUUCCUGGAGUACUUUGGUGAAUGGUUAUAUCAGGAACAAGAAGAUAAACAAAGCAAGGUCUGUUUUUAACAAAAUGAGUGAGAGAAAUGUGGUGUCCUGGACGGUAAUGAUUAGUGGGUAUGUGCAAAAUAUGAGAUUUAUUGAUGCACUGAAGCUUUUUCUUCUGAUGUUGAAGUCAGGAACUCGUCCCAAUCAUUUCACGUUUUCAAGUGUGUUGGACGCAUGUGCUGGUUGUUCCUGUCUUUUGACGGGAAUGCAGGUGCACCUGUGUGUUAUCAAGUCUGGCAUACCAGAUGAUGUCAUCUCGUUGACCUCGCUUGUGGAUAUGUAUGCUAAAUGUGGAGAUACGGAUGCAGCAUUUCUUGUUUUCGAGUCCAUUCCGAAAAAGAAUCUGGUGUCAUGGAAUACAAUAAUUGGCGGCUUUGCUAGUAACGGGCUUGGUAACCGAGCACUAGAGGAGUUUGAUCGGAUGAAAAAAGUUGGUGUUAAACCAGAUGAAGUUACUUUUGUAAAUGUGUUGUCAGCGUGUGUGCAUGCCGGUCUUGUUGAAGAAGGUGAAAAGCACUUCCCUUCUAUGCUAUCCAAGUAUGGAAUCGAAGCAGAGAUGGAACACUAUACUUGCAUGGUGGACCUCUACGGAAGAGCAGGGCAAUUUGAUAAAGCAGUAAAGCUGAUCGAAAAUAUGCCAUUGGAGCCCGACGUGGUAUUGUGGGGUGCGCUGCUUGCAGCUUGUGGCCUGCAUUCAAAUUUAGUACUUGGAGAGUAUGCUGCAGAUAGGAUCCACAAACUGGAAAGUAAACAUCCUGUUUCUUACUCAAUUCUUUCAAAGAUCCAAGGUGAGAAAGGAAUAUGGAGCAGUGUAAAUGAACUUAGGGACUUGAUGAGCGUUAAACAAAUUAGAAAGCAGAAGGCAAUUAGUCGGGUUCUGUAAUCUCAGCCGAGUGUUAAUGAUUAUGCACAAUGUGCAAUUUAUGAAUUUGUGGUUCUUUAUAUUCAAUUGAAGUCCUUUGGUACAUUAAAGUCCAAGGGAUGUUGAAGUCUCUAUCACCCUCAAGCCCCUGACGAGGGAACAUGCCAGAUGAACUUGCAAUCACUUUAUUUACCUCCAUUGGCUUCUGAUGAAUUAAAUGCCCAUUUUAUUGGAGAAGAAUGAAAAAGUUGAAUGACGUUUAUAAUAAUUUCCAAUAGCCUUUCAGUGGCAAAUUCUGAAAGACACUUGACACCUUAUUUGUUUUACUGGAAGGUUUAAAUACUUAUUUA